AUGCCAUCUGUACCAACAGCAGGCGCCCGAUGCAUGACCGAACGGCCACCACGGCGGUCGAAGACGUGCCGAAGCCGGAAUUCUCGAAAAAAGGUGGUAUGCAGUGUAACCGGUCUAACGCUACAUCAGAAAGCAUUACUAACGCGGAAAUGGAAUCGAAUGGAAUCUGCCACAGUGUACGAACUGGGUAGACGGAUGUUCGAGUCAAUUUUCACAGAAAAUCCUCAUUAUCUGGCUUAUUUGGAUCUCAAGGGAGAGCCAAAUUGGAGAAAUCAUAUCAACUUCAAAAUUCAUGUACAGCGAUUUGUGACAGCCAUGUCGGAAGCGAUGAGACGUCUUCGCGAUCCGUCCACCUCAUACGACGUCCUACGAGACUUUGGUGCAUCCUAUGCCGUCUAUCCAAAGCGGGUAUCUGCCGUGUACUUCGAACGCUUAGCAAAUGCACUUAAUCAGACGGCCACUCAACUACAGGAAGGCGACCAUCAAGGCAUAGAAAUGCCGGUAUCGGCGUCGUUCUCAUCAUUUUCCACUCCAGCGAAGACGGCAAUCCAUUCCAGAGGUAGUCUAACAGGAGUGGAUUCGAUACGAGAACAUGGCGAUUGUCUAGGUCAACUUUUAUCUCUUAUAUGGGACAGUAAGGCUGAACAUCAUGGUCCCAACGAUGUAUGCCCGAUUACGGCCGAAGCGUGGACGGUUCUAUCAGCAUUCCUUGCAAAUCAGAUCAAAUACGGCUAUGAAAUGGAGCGUGUAAUACGAACGGAAUUGUCAAAAUUGGGUUUGGACGGUUCUGGUGGGAUGAAACGAGGCGCCCUGUCACUCCAGAGGCCAACACAAUUUGCAUAG